CACUACGUGUCCCACAAUGCCACACGGCCCCGCCCCGCUCCGCGGAGACCCCGCCGGGCGGUGCCGCGACCCCUACCCGCGGCCCGCGGCCUGGUCGGCUGUGCAGGCCGGUCGCCAUGCGAAGGGGCGAGCGCAGGGCCACGAGAGGCUCGCGGUCCGGGUCCCCGCUGCUCGAGGGCCGCCGCAGCACCGAGUCCGAGGUUUACGACGAUGGCACCAACACCUUUUUCUGGCGUGCUCACACCUUAACUGUGCUGUUCAUCCUCACCUGUGCACUGGGCUACAUCACUCUCCUGGAAGAAACACCUCAGGACACAGCCUACAACACUAAGAGAGGUAUUGUGGCCAGUAUUUUGGUUUUCUUAUGUUUUGGAGUCACACAAGCCAAAGACGGGCCAUUUUCCAGACCUCAUCCAGGUAAGCAGCUUUUCUUGGCUGAUAAAAUGGGAGCAGAUGGUAAAGAGGGCCUCAGAUUCUCAGUCCCCAUAGUGCUGACAGGAAGACAAGCUAGAACAGCACAGACAGUCCAGGAUGGCCGGCAGUUUCUGAAGUAUGUUGACCCCAGGCUGGGAGUCCCAUUACCAGAGAGGGACUAUGGGGGAAACUGCCUCAUCUACGAUGCUGACAACAACACUGACCCCUUCCACAACAUCUGGGACAAGCUGGAUGGCUUUGUUCCCGCACACUUCAUUGGCUGGUAUCUGAAGACCCUCAUGAUCCGUGACUGGUGGAUGUGCAUGAUCAUCAGCGUGAUGUUCGAGUUCCUGGAGUACAGCCUAGAGCACCAGCUGCCCAACUUCAGCGAGUGCUGGUGGGACCAUUGGAUCAUGGAUGUGCUCGUCUGCAAUGGGCUGGGCAUCUACUGCGGUAUGAAGACCCUCGAGUGGCUGUCCUUGAAGACAUACAAGUGGCAAGGCCUCUGGAACAUUCCAACCUACAAGGGCAAGAUGAAGAGGAUUGCCUUUCAGUUCACACCCUACAGCUGGGUGCGCUUUGAGUGGAAACCAGCCUCCAGCCUACAUCGCUGGCUGGCCGUGUGUGGCAUCAUCUUGGUGUUCCUCCUGGCAGAAUUGAAUACUUUCUACCUGAAGUUUGUGCUGUGGCUGCCCCCUGAGCACUACCUGGUUCUGCUGCGGCUGGUCUUCUUCGUGAAUGUGGGUGGUGUGGCCAUGCGUGAGAUCUACGAUUUCAUGGAUGAAGUGAAGCCCCAUAGGAAGCUGGGCCAGCAGGCCUGGCUGGUGGCAGCCAUCACAGUCACUGAGUUACUCAUCGUGGUGAAGUACGACCCACACACACUCACCUUGUCACUGCCCUUCUACAUCUCCCAGUGCUGGACUCUUGGCUCCAUUCUGGUGCUUACCUGGACUGUCUGGCGCUUCUUCCUGAGGCCUUGUGCCUUAGGGCUGUCCCCUUUCUCCCAUGCUCAUGCUGCUGCCUGCGAGGAGGUGGAAGAUCCCAUCCUCACCCCACCAGGGGCACUUCAGUGUACAUGUGUGUAUGCGCCGGUAGGUGUGGGCACGUGUGCCCUUGGCUCCUGAUGCUUCUCCAGGGCUGUGAACUGGCCGGUGAGCCUGGGGCUUGCUCUAGAGCAAGAGUCCUGCCCUGUCCCUCUGCUUGGUCAGCCAGGGCCCAUGACCUAUGACCCAUGGACACCCUUGUGCUCAGCUUCAACACAGGCAUCUGUACUGGAGAGGCAUCCAGUACUCGGCGGCAUAGGCCCCAUGAGACCAUCUGGCUCCCACUCAACUUCUGGCAGCAUACGUGAAGGAGGUCACAACACCAAAUGGCUGCAAAGGAGUGGGUCUAAAGAGUCCGCAUAGUCAUUCCCUUCGGAGCCUUCGUUUAAUCCAGACUCUAAGCUGAAGGGUGUGUGCAUGGAGGGAGGUCACCAAACUGGCCCCUUGAGGGGCCAUCAAGUCAAUAGACUCCAACUUGGAAACCUGUACCCCAGGUGCUGGAGUUAUAUUGUCACUGUGGCUCCCUGACUUUAUAGUUGUCUCCUCGAGCAAACAGAACAAUUAAAGUGAUGGUGAAGGUAAGGUA